CAGGGGGUCCGGUUCGAUCCAGAGAUCCCUCAGACCCUCCGGCUGGAGUUCGCCAAGGCCAACACCAAGAUGGCCAAGAACAAGCUGGUGGGCACUCCCAACCCCCUCCCCUCCCAGCAGAGCCCCGGCCCCCAGUUCAUCAGCAGAGACCCCUAUGAGCUCACAGUGCCGGGUCUCUAUCCCAGCAGCCCUGAUGUGUGGGCGUCAUACCCGCUGUACCCGGCGGAGCUGUCCCAGGCACUGCCACCCGCUUUCACCUACCCCUCCUCGCUGCACGCUCAGGUAACCUGCACCACCCCCUCCACUCCCACUCCACCACCUCUAUCACAGCUGCUGCCUCAGACACACAACCCAGAGGGGUUGAUGACCACCAAAUGCUGA